AUGGCUGCUCAGUUUGACCAAGAAGCCAUUUUUAAUGGUGAGCUCAUAUUGGGAGUAAGACUUCGGAUUGUGCUCAAUGAGGGGCAGGGCCAUCAAGCUCUCUCGAAGCCACCGAGCCCAUGGAAGAUUAUCGCAACGGUUACCCUCAAUUCAUAUGCAUCAUCCCAAGUCCGUGAUGAGCUUGUGGAACGCAACCACCGCAUGCUGAGUUAUGACAGCCCUCAGCCUAUGAAUAUCGCGAGUUUGCCCAACUGGAUCGAGAGCAGGGGUUCUUUAGCCGCCGAGGAAGUGGCUUAUCAGGACUCCGGCAACGACUUGUUGUGUGUUGCGGCUCACGCAGACAGUUUCCUAGAACGCCUAGAGCUUCUGGUUGAGAAAUUGGCAAUUUGGAGCUCGGAGUAUAUAGGAAAACGAGCUAAGAGCAAUGUCUCGCGCAGUCCAGACGUCUAUAUCUUUUCUGGAACCACCGUCAAGAGGCUGGCGCAAGCGCUUGCAGCCUGGGGUGUUGUGCUGCUUCUUUUGCUGCUGGUUAUUAUCCUCAGUGUGCUACAAAGCAUAUCGCUCAGGCUGGUCCUGGUCGUUCUUGCAGCAGCCAUGGCGAUAAUGCUUUUCGCCAUGAUGAGUCACACUAGGACUCGGGACUUGUUUCUGGCUGGAGCAACGUACUCUGCUGUUUUGGUGGUUUUUGUUGCAGGAACUGGCUUAACCACCCAGUGA